AUGGCGCGCAGGACGAUGGGCGCGGGACGAUGGGCGUGGGACGGGUCGCGGGACGACGCGCGGACGCGGACGCGGACGGCGGCGGACGCGACGGAUGGGUCGAAGGGCGUGGACGUGGGAGGGAAGACGGGGUAUCGUUUCGUCGUCGUCGGUUUGGUCGCGUUCGCGUUGAUGUUGUGUAACGCGGAUCGGGUGAUCAUGUCGGUGGCGAGCGUUCCGCUCGCGGCGGCGAACGGCUGGGGCGAACGCGCCGUGGGGUUGGUGCAGAGCUCGUUCUUGUGGGGGUACGCCCUGACCCCGCUCGUCGGGGGAUGGUUGGCGGAUACGUACGGUGGGAAGGUUGUUCUCGGGGGUGGGAUCGCGAUCUGGUCGCUCGCGACGCUUUUCACGCCGUUCGCGGCGUCGGCGGAGAGUCUGGCGCCGCUUCUCGUGACGAGAGCGACGAUGGGGUUGGGCGAGGGCGUGGCGCUUCCGUGCAUGAAUAACAUCAUAUCUCGAUGGGUCCCGAGAGCCGAGCGCUCGCGCGCGGUGGCGGUGUCCAUGGGCGGUUUCCAGAGCGGCUCGAUGAUCGGAUUACUCGCCGCGCCCGUGCUCCUGGCGCGCGCGGGCGUUCCGGGCCCGUUCGUCGUCUUCGGUGUGCUCGGCCUCGUUUGGGCUAUCAUCUGGCAACUCGCCGCGACGACUUAUCCAAAACAAUGUAAGAUGGUCGGAGCGGACGAGCUGCGUCACAUCGUUGACUUCCCGGGAGGCGCGCUCACGGAAGCGGAACGCGUGGACCGCUCGACUCGGGGCACGCCUCCGUUCAAACUUUUGCUGUCCAAGGCCCCGACGUGGGCGUGCAUCAUCGCCAACUUUGUGAACAACUGGGGUAUUUUCAUAUUGUUAGCGUGGAUGCCGCUCUAUUUCAAGCAGGUCAUCGGCGUAAAUCUUCGCACCGCGGCGUGGUUCAGCGCUCUCCCGUGGGCCACCAUGGCGGCGAGCGGCAUUGUCGCGGGAACUUUGGCGGAUAACUUGAUCAAUAUUCGCGGCUGGACGACGACUCGUACGCGUAAAUUUAUUCAAGGCGUCGGUUUCAUCGGACCGUCGCUGUGUUUGCUAGUCUUGGCUGUGAACGGCGCGAACAUGACGGCGGCGCGCGCCGUUGCGACGCUCACCGUCGCGUGCGGGUGCAUGUCGUUCUCACAAGCCGGCUUUCUGGUGAACUUCCAAGAGAUCGGUCCCAAGUACGCUGGUGUGUUACACGGGAUGGCGAACACCGCGGGAAGCAUCGCCGGAAUGGUCGGAACGUACGCCACCGGCGCUGUCUUGGAGGCGACGGGCGGGAACUGGAGCGCCGUUUUGUACGUAACCGCGUUUGUCUACGCCUUGGGCGCGACGACGUGGUUGGCGAUGAGCACGGGAGAGCGCGUGUUCGAUUGA